GGGUGUAUUUCACCAGCAUCGCAUUGGAUGUGGAGGCAGGAAGGUGUGAGCAGCGCUACAUGUGCUGCUGUAGCUGAGAGAGCUCCAGUCAGUCCGUCACCUGCCGUCAGUGUUUCUCCGAUCAUGGACUAGUGGAGUAACGUUAGUUUGGCACAUGACGGAAAGCAACGGGAACCACAGUUGUUUAUCCAAGCCAAAGGACUAUAAUCUACCUCGCUGCCUUCGCACCCAUUGUAGAGUAGCGUCAGAGUCGUUCGUUAUUUAUGUUUAUUUAUAUUAAUUUAUAACGCGCGUCUUUCAAUCUACACUGCACUGAAUUUCGCGCCCCGAUGCUUUUACAUCAGUUCGUGAAUGGGACGUUGGAAACGAUGUAUCCCAGUAUUCAAAAAGACACGACUUUCACCAAGAUCUUCGUCGGCGGUUUGCCGUAUCACACCACGGACGCGUCGCUCCGAAAAUACUUCGAGACUUUCGGCGACAUCGAUGAAGCCGUCGUGAUAACGGACCGACAGACGGGGAAAUCCAGAGGAUAUGGCUUUGUCACUAUGAUAGAUAAAAGUGCCGCUGAGAGAGCUUGUAAAGAUCCCAACCCUAUUAUUGAUGGACGCAAAGCUAAUGUGAACCUGGCGUACCUCGGGGCCAAACCACGCAGCCCACUGACAGGAUACUCGACUGGAGUACAGCAGGUUCAUCCAGCCCUGAUCCAGAGGCAGUAUGGACUCAGCCAGCCGUAUGUUUACCCUCAGGCCUUCCUGCAACCCAGUCUGGUUCUGCCGGCACAGGUCACCUCCACCGCCACGACCCCGUACCUUGACUUGAGCACUGCCUACACUCAGUACGCCUCCUCGGCCUUCGAGCAGUAUCCCUACGCCGCCUCGCCAGGCUUCCUGAGCUACAUGUACCCUCCAGGCACCCCUGGGCCCUCCUCUGCCACAAACACGCCCGUCCCCACACCCAUCCCCUCCAUCGGAGGCGCCCCUAGUGGAGCCUUCAUCCAGAUCCCUCCCCAUCAGCUGCACGCUGACCGCCUGUAGAACAGGCCACAGGGACCCACGGAGUAUGCUGAAAUUGCACUAGAACAUCAUUUUGGGACAGGGAACUGUGACCUGAUCAGCCUGAGACUGGGGUCGAAUACAAAGGGCUUUGGGAUUUUUUGCUUUCAUCAUCCCUAAGUUUAUGGACUUUUAGUCUGACUCUUUAUUAUUGUCAUUAUUGGUAGAAGAUUGUUGAAUAACCAACGUUAGAUGAAUAAAUGGUGGAUUGCAGGGUUGUAAUUCAGACGGAUUCAGUGAACGAGAAGAAAUGAGAGGUUAUGCACACAAUAGCGUUCAAAAGUUUGGGGUCUGUAAGAUUUUUGUCUCUUAUGCUCACCAAGGUUGUAUUUAUUUCAUUAAAAAUGCAGUAAAAACUAAAAUGUUAUUACAAUUUAAAAUAACUGCUUUCUGUUUUAAUAUGUUUUAAAGUAUAAUUUAUUUCUGUGAUGUAAAGCUGGAUUUUCAGAACUUUUCAGAUCUUUACGAAAUCAUUCUAAUAUGCUGAUUUGCUACCUGAAGAAACACUCCUGAUUCAGCUUUAUAUGGAAACAUUUUUAAGAAUUCUUUGAGAACAAAUAGAACGUUUUAUGAAACUAUAAAUGUCUUCCACUUUUUUCGAUUUAAUGCAUCCUCGCUGAAUAAAAGUAUUAAUUUCUUUCAAAAAACAUUCCUGACCUCGAUCGUUUGAACGGUAGUGUGUACAUACACCACUGAGAAAGAUAAGUUAAGGAUGGAUGGUGUGCAUCUCUGCAGGAAUAUCUGUUAAGCACAAAGCCUUAGAGACUUCUCCAUUUUUUCUUUUAUCUAGCUGUUCUUAUGACACAAAUGUGCUUCCCUCUGAGCGAAAACGUGAAUUUUUUAACCAGACUUUUUCCAAGAAUAGAUAACUUUUUUAGAAAUGUAGCAUUGCAACGGAUUUGUAAUUCUGCUUAUCACUGUGUAUCACCUCUGUCAGAUGUCUCUUCCGUCCCUGUAGUUCCUCUUUCCUCAAGAUUCCCCGCAAUCUUAAGUAGCUCCACAUAGAUUGUAACAGCAUUAAUCCAGCAUUCAGUAACACGUGGAUUUGAGAUGCGCUGUAGCUCGCCUGUGAAUAAACAUGAGGAAAUAGACAUUGAAACAUAUUGAGUAUUAAUCAUGUUCUAAUUCUGUUUCAUCUGCUUUUAGACUCUGUUUUGGUCUGCUGAAAGGACAAACGAUAGAGUAUUGUGACAAAUGUCAGUGGUUGCUUUUGGUAUCGCUCCACGCAUGACACUACAGGACAAAAUGCCAGCAGGAACAUGCAGGAAAACUUGAGAAAAGUCUUGAUUGAUGGGAUGUUUGGACACCACGAGAGGACAUUUUGCCAGGACAAUCUGUUUGUUUUCACAAGAGCAGUGUUGUCAUUAAUCUGCCCUGAGACACUCAACUCAAAAUAUGAAAAAACCUUACAGUGAAAGCCAUAAGACCAGAACAUGCAAAACAAGUAAUAAAGUCAAUUUGCAAAAACUGA